AUCGCACAUGGUGUCCUUGCAUCUUUGGCCUUUGUCAUCUUCUUCCCAUUUGGAGCUAUCAGCAUUCGAUUGUUCAGCUUUCGCGGGCUUCUUUGGUUUCACGCUAUUGUGCAAGUGCUCGCAUACCUCAUCUAUAUUGCGGCCUUUGGUAUUGGAAUUUACCUUGCCACCCAGAUCCGCAGGCUCGAUCACGCUCAUCCCAUCAUUGGUAUUGUGUUGUUCGUCCUCAUCUUCUUCCAGCCAUUCCUUGGAUAUAUCCACCACCGCCUCUUCAAGAAGUACAAGCGCCGUACCUUCUGGUCGUAUGCUCAUCUUUGGCUUGGACGCAUUAUCAUAACACUUGGGAUGAUUAAUGGAGGGCUUGGCCUCCAGCUCGCAAACAACACUCGUAAAGGUGAAAUUGCUUACGGCGUUGUUGCGGGUUUUGUUUGGGUCGUUUACAUUAUUAGCAUCUUCGUCGGCGAAUCAAAGCGAAGAAGGGAUAGAAAGGCAGCUGUGCGGGCUGAGGCUGAACCCAAGAGGAACGAGAGCGACUCUUCCGAGUCGAGGAUCAGAACCAAUUACUAUGCUUAG